GGCCAUCUCAGCUAGGCCAGCAGAAAUAAGUCAGGCAGAGAAACAAUAUGUUCAAUUCACUGCUAACAUCCUGUACUUGUCUGCGUACCCGACGGAAAAGCAAGAAACUCUUGUUGUUCUUCCAAAGGGGGAAAUAUUGGCUUAUGAAGAAAAAACAGAACCAGUAAAGAAGUCACAGCGAGGCAAAUUCAAUUACGAAAAUGGAUCCCCCUUCCUUGCGGUUACCUCGCUGAAAAGAAUAAUUGAGGUAUCGCUCUGGGGCAAUGUAGCAGUCGAAGACACUGUUGAUAUCGUUCACUAUGGUGCCGCGCUUCGCGGUGCGUUCUCUCGGUUAGAUUACCAGCGUGGCAUUGGGCACCAUGCUUCAGUCCCUGCUUUAAAAUCCGUCUUACCAGCAUCGGCUCGUGAUAUAUACUACAGAGAUGAAAUCGGCAACAUCAGUACUAGCACUGUUAAGAAACUGUUUGACUCAACGGAAGUCGAACUCCAACCAAGAUUCCCUCUUUUCGGUGGAUGGAAAACGCAUUAUGUCAUCGGAUACAAUUUGCCAGCACACGAAACUCUCUUUAAGAAAGGCGAAAAAUUCGCUCUGAAGAUGCGAUUUCUUGACUACCUUUAUGACGACCAAGUUAUCGACGAAGCGACACUGCGAGUUGUCCUCCCGGAAACAGUUACCAACAUCAGACUUGAAAGUCCCUUUGACGUUGAACGCCUGUCGGAUGAAGUAGAAAAGACCUAUCUUGAUACGUCUGGAAGAACCGUUGUUGUUCUGAAGAAGACAAACUUGGUUGAGGAACAUAUUCAGGAGUUCAAGAUUUAUUUCGACUUCCAUAUGGUAAACCUCUUCCGUGAACCAGCUAUGGUGAUUACUGCCUUCUUCCUGUUGUUUGCGGUCAUCAUGGUAUACGUCCGCCUGGACUUUUCAAUCUCAAAGGACAAGUCCUCCGAAUCGCAACUCCGUGUUCAAGCUCUUGUUAAUGAAAUUCUCAGUUGUCACAGCAAAAGGUCCGCAUUGUAUCAGACUUAUGAAGAUGUUGUCAGCACCUACAAGGUGAAUAAGGAGAACUCCCAAUUCACCAACGAGUACCGUAAAGUUGAGAACGACCAUAAGGCUCUCAAUCAGAAAAUCAGCACUCUGCAUGCCAAGAUUCGUGAACUGUGGAGUGAGGGCGCCGAUAAGGUUCAAGAACUACAAAACUUGGACUCGCGCUACCGCGAACUGCUGCAGGAAGGUGUAAGCCAAACAGAACGAGUGCUGUCCGGUAAAAUCACCAAACAGCAGUACCAAACGUCCGAUGCUGACAUUGGAGCCAAAAAGGUCAGCUUGAUUGAAAAAAUGGAGGCGAUUACGGAGUCCCUGUGA